AUGUCUGAGCCUUGCAAACGGAAACUGGUGACCCUUUUGCCCAACACCCUGAAAAAGCGUCAGCAACGCACCGCUCCCAAGCCCUCGACGGUACUCAACAACCCUCACGGUGCUACGAGGAGCCAGCCAAAGCUCCGCUUCUUGAAAUCUUGUGCGAGGUGUCGCAAGCAUAAAAUCAAGUGCAAUCUCAGCGAAACGCGCCCAAAUCCGUGCUCUGCCUGUUCCCGGAGGGGCCACGACUGCCACAUCGAGACUGUCGUCCAUGUCCAGCGCUCCACAAUCAUCAAGAACCUCGCAGACAGCAUACAGGACAUGAAGGCUCUGGUGGACAUGUUGAUGUUGCAGGAUAGGUUAUUGCAGAACAUUUGCCAAGAAAGAGGAAUCAAAGUGGACGGGCUUUUUGAUCUAGAGUCAGUUUCUGCUUACCCCUCUCCCAUGUCUUCGCACACUCCUUCUUGCGACGAGAGCUGCAAGUCGCUAUCCAUCGACUCGUGUUCGCCGGUCGCUUCGGAUGAUGAGUACUCAUUCGAUGAGUCUCCAUGCUUCAGUCUUGGUAGCAAGGAGUAUCCUGCCUCCACUAUUCAAUCGUGGUUCAGCAUAUUCAACACACGUUACCUAGCAAACGCGCCUAUCAUGCACCACAUAUCCUCGCCAACCCAGUUGUACCACCAGUCGCCGCUUCUCUUUUGGACCGUGGCCUAUCUUGUGUCCAAAGAUGCAGGCAUCGUUGGCUAUUUGAAACAGCAGUUGUCGGACUCCACCGAUAUUCAUUCUAUUCAAGCUAUCGUACUUUUGGCCUCUUUUCCCCAAAAACACGAUUUCGAUAUCUACUCUCUUCUUGACCGCGCAAGAGAGCUUGCUGUCCAGCAUGAGCUCAACAAAGAAUAUUCCCCGCACUCCAAAUUAUCAUCCACUCACUCGCAAAAUAUCUGGUGUUUGAUCUUCGUGCUUGGAACUUUACAUAGCUUCAGACUCGGAAAACAAUGGUCAGCGUCCUCAGACAGGUUGUUGGAGCUCAAGAAAAAUCAACGCUCGUACACUGGGGAGCUGGUUAACAUCACGCUCUAUUUCUCGAAGAUGCUCAACGGUCUUGUUUUCGACAUCGAUAAGGAAAACUCAGCAAUGGACAAUUUGAUCCAAAGCUCCCUAUCUUCUUGGAAACAUCAGCUGAGCUCAAUAGCGCCGCCUGGAUAUCGGUCUCUUCACUCUUUAUUGUCUGUGAUUCAUCUGACCCUAACUCUUUUGGAGCCUGCAAAAGAGCUGGCAGAUAAAGCUAUCCAAUAUUCUGCCCUCGCCUCCCGCAGUCGCGAACUGGUCGACGAGCUGGUGGGGCUGGAUAUUGAACAGUCCCCGAUCUUCGUUAAGAUCGCUCUAGAUUUUGCCACGCUUUUGACCCUUCGCCUCAGCACUACGCCUUAUAGUUCGUGCUCCAAAGAAGAACAGGGCGCUCUGGAGAUGUUUGUGAAGAUGUUCAAGAAGCUCUCGUCAACGCGGGAGUUUGAAAACUCGUCAGAACUGAUCGCGUGGAUUGUCAAUUACCAAGCCACAACAGUUUCUCACGGGUCUCUGUAUUACCAAACAUACUCCUUUGCAACCAAGCUUUUGCAAGGCCUUUACCCAACAUUGAACGACAAACAGAACCCAGAUAUUGAGGAUCCAUACGUAACGGAUGCAGAGUACCGGCUGUUCCAGCAACUCAAGAACCUGAAUUUAAGCAACCCAGAGAAUCCAAAGCCUUUCGACGUCGUCGACGUGUUUUUGAGACUGGAGGAUGAAACAGAUACUCUAAACGAGAUUCUUUAA